UUUAGGCUAAGCUAAGUGCAGACAGCAAAGCGAAGUUAGCGGCGAUAUAUAAAAAAAUUCAUAUUCAUAAUUUUGUUUAUUGUGUUGCUAAACGCUGAAGUGCAAACAACGAAUCUGCUAGUAAUGGUAAACACGGCAUGGCAGAAAGACAGGACAAUGAGGUGGAGGAGGCAGACCAGGUGUAUCUGCUGAUGAAAGAAGACUACCACAUAUCACGAAAUGUGCGCCUGUCCUGGUUCCUCAGCAGGCUAAAUCAGGUCAUCUGGCGCUCUCCGAAGUCUGAGCUGCUUAAAUCAGAGAAUGAGCUAGACAUUUUGAGUAUUCUCCCAAAAGGAUGGCAGCCCGAUUCUCUUCCCACCUCCAUGCCAUACCUGCUGGUGCCGUCCACACGGGUCACCUUCCUGGCCCGGCGAUACCGCUUCAUCAUCGAGCUGGACCUCAGCCCCUCCACCGGGAUUGUGGAUGACAGUACAGGAGAGAUGAUAUUUGAUGAAGUCUUCCAUGCCCUGUCCCGAUGCCUGGCUGGACUGGCUGCUCCAUUUAAAAUUCCGGGCACGGACUUCCUGUUUCAGCCGGAAAUCUUCAUCACCAUCCUUGCUUACUCCUCCAUUGUUGGUCUCAGCUCACAUCAGGUGUUAGUGCAGGGGAGCCAGCUGGACUGCACAGAUCUGGAUCAGUUUCUGCAUCGGAUCUACCAGCAGCUCCGGGCAGUAGAGAACAACAUCGCCGAAGUUCUACAGCAGCAGCAUAAACAGGGUGAUGGCUCCUCCCCUUCCCUCCCUAUUGACACUGUGGAGGAGCAGCCACAGAGGAAGCAGGGUGUUUCCAUGGUAACAGCGGAUGUGGGACUGGUCAGUAUGGUCCGUCAGGGUAUACUGGCCCUUCAGCUCCUCCCCCCAAACUCCACAGCAGGUAUAGUAAUAAUUACAGAUGGAGUGACGAGUGUGCCAGAUGUGGCUGUGUGUGAGGCUCUGCUGAAUCAGCUGAGAAGUGGAACGAUCGCAUGUUCCUUUGUGCAGGUGGGCGGGGCUUACACAUACGACUGCAGUUUCGGGUACAUCCCCAACGUGGAGCUGAUGAAGUUUAUGUCCAUGGCGACCUUCGGCUCCUACCUGUCCAUAUGCCCAGAGCCAGCCCAAGUGGGCCAGGAAAUGAAUAGUUACCACCGGGCCUUCCUCACAUACUCUUUCCUCCGCACCAGCGAGUCAAUCAAUCCAGACUAUUACUGUUUCUCCCAGCACAAGCUGUUUAAUGAGCACCUGGUGUCGGCUAGUGGAAACCCUGCGCUGGUGUUGCGACGGAAAAAACACACAGAAAAGGAAGUUCAUGCUGAGCUGGUCAGUGUGGUGUCUGUCAGACUGAGGGAGGGAUACGCCAUCCGUGAAAUAAACUUCACUAAAGGUGGCACUCAGCUAGAGGUGAAGCUGGUGUUGUUGUGGAAACACAACAUGCGCAUAGAGUAUGUUGCAGCAGCUUGCUGGCCGCUCCUGCCAGCUAAGCGCACCACGUGGGUGGAAGUGACAAUGGAGGGAAGUUAUGAUAUCCUGCACGACAUCAGCUGCACCCUGCGCAAACCCAUUACCAGCCCCUACCGCACAUCGGUCAUUCGCCGUUUUUGGAACACCCUGCAGGGCAUUAAUCAGACAGACCAAAUGCUGGUGCAUCUGCAGUCCUUUAACUCUAUCCCAGAGCACUACACCAUUCCUGAGAGCACAAAAAAUGGUGUACCACUGUUCUACAUCCCACCUGGAUCGACCACACCUGUCCUCUCCUUACAGCACAGUGGCUUAAAAGACUCUAGCCAGUCACAGUUUGCCUCCUACUGGAAGCCCAUCCUGUCCAUGGAUGCAAACUUCUGGCAGCGCUGGUUACAUAUGCACCGAAUCACCAUCAUUCUGGAGCACGACAUCCCUGUUCCAAAACAUGUGCACAGUGCAGGCAAUAAUGGCAGGUUCAGCACCAUUCAGUGCAGAAUAGCUCAUUCUACACUGACCUCCCUGCUGCGGGACUGGAGCAGCUUUGUGCUAGUGGAGGGAUACUCCUAUGUCAAACUCAUUUACAGUGCUGCUGACCAGACGCCGAUCUCUUUCUAUUUGGUGCGUCUCAUCUCCAAAGCCCCCUGCAUGGUACUACGUUUAGGCUUCCCUAUAGGAACAAUGGCCCACACUAGGAACAAGAUUGUGGAUGAUCUGCGAGAGCAGAUUCUCAGGCUGCGUUUCCCUCACCGCGUCCAGAAUAAAGAAGCCACGCCAAAGACCAAGCGGAAAGUGUUGGGUAAUGCCUCUCCCUCCAAAUCGCCUCCUCUCCCAGCACCAAAGCCUGCACUGUCAGACCGGCCGUGUGUGGUCAUCUUCAGCAAGCCUCUGGAGAAGUUGCUGAUCAGGUAUGAGAAGCUGCCAACGGAUUUCCGUACACCAUUCAUCUUAAACAUGGAGCCGUUUGCUCAACCACCCAGCAUGGCUGCUCCCCUCAGCGUGGCGGCCAGCCGAACCGCUUCCUCUACACUGGCCUCAUUGUCCCGCUACUUCCUACACCAGCGCUGGGUGUGGACGGUGCAGAGCGGGCCGGGGACCGCUGUGUCUCUGCAAGCCGUUGCCCAUAUCCUCUCCAUGCUCUCUGAGAUUCGUCUGUCUGAGGGGUUUCACUUUGCUGCAAGUGGUGAGGGAAUCGUCAACAUGGUGAUAGAACUGCCAAUGGCUGUCAAAACACCUAAGGGGAUUCCAGCAGCCCUGGACACAGACCAUCACACCUGCAUUGUCCAGUACAUUCUCUUCCCACCCCACUCCACCUCCACCAAGGACAGUUUUUCCACAGAUGAUGAUAAUGACACAGAGGUGGAGGCCAUAGAUGUGGACACAGAGCUGAAUCUGGUUACCGAGUGCUGGGUAGAGCCACAGAGUGGAACCGCCUGGAGUCCUUCUGAUCAGCACAGACACUUCAGGAACCUCACGUACCAGGAAAUCCCUCAGGCCAUUUUUCCUCACGAUUUGUCAUGCAUGUCCACUAUGAUGACUUUUGAGUACCUCAUCCAACUGUGUCUGAACAAAGAUCAGAUGCACCCUCUUGUUGGCGGCAAAGACUUGACAGGUGAGGCCCCAGCUGCUGCUCCUGCUGACGGAAUACACAUGGUGCCUUUUCAGUUUGACCUAAUGAAGCUCCUGCCUAAGUGUCAGCAGAUAGAGCUGUUUUUCUUCACCUUCAGCAAAGCAGAGAAUGAAGACCCUCUUCAGAGCGCCCCCUCUCUGCCAAAUGAGCUGCUACUCAGCCUCUUCCACAGCUCCCUACAGAAUGAGCUGAGUGACCGGGAAAUACCAUUGGCUGAUGGAGAUCAUGUGACCUUCAUGCAUCAUAUUCUGGAGAGAGAGCGAGAUGGGCACAUGGCUCCAUUCUCUUUACCUGUAAUUAAAGAGGAGUGUCUUAAACCACCUGAGAGGCAGGAUACAGUGUUGUCUUUUCACACCAUAGGGAGCAGUAAGGAAGUCACUGGCUCUACCAGCACUCUGCAGAGUUUCAGCAAUGCAGAUCUUGUGGAUGAAGAGCCUGUGGUGGUUGCUGGAGAAAGCUCGUCUCCUCUGUGGAAAUGCUAUGCUAAAUUCAUCAGCCCUCAGCAAGUCCUUCUUGUCUUCCUCCCAGCCACCUUCACUGAUGUGCAGAUUUUAAUGUCCUUUGGUUUGGGAAUCAUACCCCAAGUCAAUGGUGCUGGUGAUGAAGAGGAGGAGACAUUCAGUCCUGGAAACAACCAGUCACAGUGUGAGUCAAUCAGCAGCUCAGCCAAUGGUCCUGAGGAGGCAGAGUCCAUGGUGGAAGCUGGUGAUAGUCAGUUACUGCUAAAUCCUGAAGCCCCAACAGCAAGGCAUGAAGAGGAUGAGGAGAAACAGCAUUCAGAGCAAUCUAACGGAAAUGCAGCUUUGGCUAUAGAGGAGAAAGAUGGAGUGCAGUUUGCUGAGCCCAAAAAGCAGGACUGUCGCAUCAGCUUUGGGCAACAGCUAUCCCAGCAGAGUGUUGGAGAUGCAGCCCGGACACGUUGUCCCGUCUACAUCUACAACUGCUCUCUAGACUCGCUCAAAGAUCAGCUUGUCCACCCACACUCCAACCGUCAACCUAGAGACGUCUUCCUCAGGUCUCUCUCUCAGGAGCGCAGUAGCGCCUCUUCAUGGACAGAUUUGACAGCUCAUCCUCACAAGCAAAAGGAGCUGGCCAACUAUUGCAGUCUGUUGCAGGAACACUAUUAUCAGAGUUAUGUCAGAGGUGUGUACCGCAGUCUCCAACAGUCAUACAGCAUCAGCUCUCAGGACGUUCUGACAGCCAUGGAUUACUGUGAGGAGUCUCUGCAGGAAAUCGACAUCACUUCCUUCUUGCAGACACUUUGUGGACAUGUUCGCGCAUUCCGCGAGCGCCAUGAACCCCGCGGUCCAGAAAACGCCAGGAAAAUUCCUGGCUUGGCGGCCACCUUUAUCAUCGGUGGUGGCGAAGAUGAUGGAGUCGACCGAGCGACAUUAGCCACAUCAUCCAGUGUUGAUCUGGAGGACAUAAGUGAAACAGAGUCUAAGGGAAAUGUCUCUACACCCACGUCCCCCCUGGCUUUGGAUGAACCUAAGUCCCACAGAAUCCCAGAAUUCCCUCUGUCCCUCCUGCACUCUCAGCAGAAGUGUGAGGUGUACCCUAACCUGCAUAAAAUCAUACAGGACAAGUUCAUGGAUAUUGGCGCUCAGUAUUUCAAAGCUGUUCCUUCCAACUCACACUAUUUCUUCUACUGCCCCCAGUCUUCCAAGAAAGAGGUGGAAUCAGAUGGAGAGGGAGAGAGAAGGCCCAGUGAAGACUGUGAAGUAUCUGAGGCCGAACUGGCUACAGAGGAUGAGAAUGUGUCUGGCUGCUGUAUUGUAUCAGAGAGCGACACAGAUUUGGAAGUGGAGUAUCAAGAACAAGGGAAUGAAAAAGCAGAUGAAGGUGAGGGAGUGGAGGAGGGGACAGAGGACGAGUCUCUCUCGGAUUCAAACACAGUGAAUCAGGACGAGGACUCUUUCAGCAUCCUAGAGGGAGACUCCCUGCUGGAGCCGUCUGGACCUCAGCCUGAAAUGCCCCCUCUGUUUGUCCACCUGGUUUGCUCAGUCAAUCUUAAGAGCAGUCAUGGCUCCAUGCCCAUGAGGACGCUGCCCACAUGUCUGGGUGAGUUGAUCAGCUGUCUGGAGAAUGCAGAAUCUCUUCAGUCUGUGGAUCUAAAUGAGCUGUCGGUCACUUUGGACAUCUUUGUUUUGACGUUACCUCUAGAAAUAGAGGUCAUGCCCCAUGACCCUCACCAUACCAGGUACGCCUCUGAGAGCAGUGUGUCUAUGAACCGUUCUCCAGGCCUGCCAUCUUCCUACCGCUCUGAUGAGGAACUCAUGGAGAAUCUGGAUGGCCUGUGUGGGUUUGGUAUGGAUGGAAUUACGGGAGAUCCUCUUUCCAAACUUCCAGUGCCUCAGAAACAGGCUGUGUUAGCUACCAUGGAUGAGAUCCGUUGGUUGUUGGAGGAUGAAAUUGUUUCUGCUUUGAGACACUCUAGUGUAUUGAAUUCCUCCACUCUGCUGAAAGUUUCGGAUCAUGUGUGCCGCUCCAGUGGACGACCCGGCUGCCACCAUGAAGUUGUCCCGCUGCAGUUCGUCUUCGGCCCUGAACAGUCCCUGGAGAAGUUCAAAGAGGAGUUUAGGAGGUUGUCAUUUCCAGGUUAUCUGCUUAACGCGGAGAAACAAGAUUUCCACUACAUCUCUCUGAGCCGCCAGCACUCUCACAGAAUACAGGCUGCACGACAUCCUAAUCAGAACCUGGUCUGUUCUCAGGGGGUGGGACCCAUCUCUCAGCCAACCAGUCACUGCCCUGAGGCUGAAAUUAAUGCCAAGCAAACAACCAGUCAUUCCCCACCUUCCAAAGGGGUGGUUGGUGAUGUUGAACCUGAGAAAAAUCAGCUAGAUUUGGAGCAGGUUGAAGAAGGUCAGCCUGGUGAGGGAAGUCAACAGCAGGAUGAGCAGAAGGAGCAGGAUGAGUUUACUGAAGCAGAGGUGAGGCCUCUGGCAGCUGACUCUGUGAGUGACUCUAUCUCUGAAAGUACAGAGGUCUUUGGCAGGGUCAGAAAAGCCGAUGCAGAAGAGCCCAGAUCUCGGAGCACAAAUCAACAGCCUUGCAGCAGUAAUGACCAAACUUCUGACCAUACAACCCCGCCCAAAACACCCUCUGCAGUCAGCCUGGCUGAAUCUGUACAGUCUGCAACAUACAGCAGUGGAAAGCUCAGGCCCAGUCGAGUUCAGAGUGUGGUCUCCAGCCAAGGCAGCCUGGACUCAGACAUGCUGGGUUAUGAUGGAGGCAGUAGUGAUUCAGAGUGUGAUGGUCCCACCAUGAAUGAGCAGGAGGUCCAGAAUCCUUUGAUGCCAGAUUUCUGGCUUAUCAUCCAAAUCCACCAGGACAGGGUGGAUGUGUUUUCCCACUCCAGGAGUUUUAAUGAGGGGAAAGAGGAAAGAGUGCGAGAAGAGGAUGAAGAGGAAAUUCCAGAGUACCUGUAUCUUCAUCAAGAAGUUGUGAGGAAGAUUGGUGAAAUAUGCAGAAUAGUCAAUCAGCGCCUCCUGCUGCAGGACCUGCAUGACAGUCAUGUGUGUAACACUCUCCUGGUAGCUGAAAGUGAGGAGGACAUUUGGAAAAAUGAAUCUCUCUACAGGCAGAGAAUGGCCAACUCAGACGACUAUAAUGCAGAUGAAAGCUACCAGCCAAGAGAUUAUUUAGCUGCCACUAUGCACUUCAUGCCUGGCCACUUUGCCUGUGAUGUAGUGUGGAGCACCAUCAUUCACAUCCACCCACGCUUAAAGAUGGGGCCUAACAUGGGGGUGGCUCGAGCUAUCCAGGCCCUGCGCUCAGUGCUUAGUGCCUUCAGCGUGGUCAACCGCAAGAACAUGUUUGUGUACCAGGAGCGCACAACAAAAUCCGUUUUCUACCUCAGGCUCUCAGAGACCUCUCAGACAGGGAAGUACAGUGAUUUGGACGGUAACCUCCAUGUUACGCGCUCUUUGGGCUUGGCUCGCAGCCAGGAGCCGCUGGGCACUGAAGACCUUAUGGGUUCGCGCUCAUCUAUGGAGGGCUCAAGGCCAGUUGGACAGGUGGACAAGCACAUUCUGUUAUUAGUUCAUGGAGUGGGGCGUGCAGGGCCUGAGAUCACAGAUGAGUUGGUAAAGGUUCUGAGGAAGCGCCUAGACGAGGCUACUCUCGACAUCAUUACUGUGAUGCUGGUCAGGAACUGCAAGCUGACCCCUGCAGAUGUGGAGUUUAUUCAGCCUCCUGGUUCUGCCGCUACAGAAGUGAUGGAGUUCUCUUUGCCGCAGUACAGCCUGCCAUGGAUCCGGGCCUUGGCCCACUAUCUGCGCCAGAAUCUUCUCAUUUUCCUCCAUAUCCCUAAAUACACAGACAGCAACAUGGAGCACCACUUCAAGCACUACUUCCAUUUGAACAGUGAUCUGCCUGACUCUGAUAUCUACCUCUACAAUAAGCCUGGGGGCCAAGGGACAGGAGGCAAAGGUAUUGCAUGCAUUGCCCUGUCGUUUGUGGACGCUCAGGGGUGUCCACUGCAGGUCUCUGCUCAGGAUGUUAAUAAUGCUCCAAAAGGGGAUUCCUCCACCAUCUUCCUCCAGCCAGACCAAUUUGAAGCCCUGACCACUGUGGUUAAAAUAGAUUCGCCUGGCCAAAGUGCAGGUACAGUAUCUGUGAGGUUUGAUAUUUGGGAGCAGGGGAACAUUAGCCCCCUGCAGCUGAUGGACAAACUGCGAGGGGCGUUGCGGCAUGCACUCUGUGACGUCUUAAUGGAGAUGAAAGUUCUGCCAAACCCACUGUGUUUAGAGACCUUCUGUCUGCCCGGAACUGCCCCGAGAGACGAGGCUAACGUUGCACUGAGUCUUCCACAGCCAGAAGUGAAAGAGGUAAAGGAAAGCCUUCGAAGACCAGUCAGCGCUCACAGUGUUAAAACGGGCCCCUCCCCCAUAACACUUAUUCCAGCCCCCAUCUCCACCCCUGCCACUGGGUCAAACACACCGGAGUCCACCACACCCACGGGCAAAACCGUUCGCCGCAGCUUCUGGGAAAUCCUGAGUAAGCCGGAUUCAUCAGAGCUGGGCAGUCCAAAGACUACAGACGACAUCGUGCAGGAGAAAGCAGACGACAGCCGGCUGGCCCGGAGGAGACACAAAACGGAGAGUGUAAAACAGCAGUGGAGCCAUGAGAGAGUAGCAGCAGUAGAGCUGGAGCAGAGGCCAGUCUACAAACGGCAUGUGGCUCAGUUAGAGGAAGGUGAUACUGGCACUCUCCACCCAAUCUAUCAAUCCACCUUCCAGCCCUGGAUGAUCUUCAUGGCCAAACUGGGCUGUCCGUCCAUCCAGCACUGCACGGCUGAAAUCUCUUCACUUUUCCUCUUGCCUUCUAUUGUAAUGGAGGUCAUGCAUUUGGUCAUGUCUUUGGCCCCGGACACCACAGUGAAGAUUUUUGAGAGCUGUCCUCAGGGAGACAUUUUCACUCCUCUGACGCACGUCCAGCACGUCAGCCAGCCGCCGGCCACCUCCAGGAGCUUCAUCCUAAUUGGCCGAAACUUCCAGCAGUGGCACUAUAGCGCUGAACAAGAAGAGCGUUCAGAUGAGGAAAGCCCCCCUGUGCUUUGUUUUAAAUUCACACCUCAUAAAGGGCUUCAGAGGUUCGAGGCAUUGGAACACAGUGAUUGGCUGAGCCCUGGUCAGUCCUGGAGAGGUGUGGCCCCGCGCCAGAGGUUUCUGCACAUCCAUAUUGUGGAUAAAAAGUUGACCUUGUACACCUACAACUGGUCAGUGGAUCUGGGUGCGUCUCUAAAUCGUGACCUGGUGCGGCUGGUGCAGUGGCAGAACGGUCGAGCCCAUGUAGUGCACUGCCUACUGAGUCAGAAAAUGGGCCUGUUUCACCAUUACUGCUUCACAGAUACACCUGCACAAGAGGAUUUCAAACAGGAGCCUAACCCAUUUCUGAACUCCUCUAUGGAGGCUGAAGCUCUGUUGCGUGUAUCUGUGCCCCCUGUGCCCAGUAAAGACCCCACUCGAUUGGGCAGUGCCCGUGUGCUGGCCCCCCUACCCUUCCCUGCUGACCUCAUGCCCUUUGAUGAGGCUCUUAGGGACGUGAGUGCAGGACGCCUGCUAGCCAAUCAAGAAGGAGCAGACAUUGUAGCCCGACAUGGAGCUCAGUUACUGGAGGUCAAAGCUGCAGAGCGCCGAGAGCUGGAGAAGCAGUUGAAGAUCGAGAACUUGUUUGUGACGUGGCAGCAGAGAUCAGCCCAGUCCAACAUGCCUAUCUCUGUGGCUGAUCUGGACACCCUGAAGCAGUCGUCUCGGCUGGUUCAUUACUGCGCCACUCCGCUGCUGUUCGACCCCGUCUUCAGAAAGCAGAUCCAGGAGGAGCUGAUAGUUCAGCCACUAGCGAAGAAGCGUCAUCGCUCCAGUGACUCUGCCGCCUCGGUAAGAGAGCGCAGUUUGAGCACAGACUCGGCAGAUGUGCGGCUAAAAGAGGAGCCGUGGCUGCAGGAGCUCUCACACACCUUCCUGCAGCAAUACGUUCAGUACCUGCAGAGCCUGGGCUUCAUACUGGUGCAGAUCAGACCACAGUCUCCCGCACGCAGCAUUGCUCGUGCUCGGGCUGCCAUGCUGAACUCUCUCUCCACAGAGGGCAGAGCCUCUUUCUCUUCUUUUUCCUACAACAAGCAGAAGAGCGAGGAAAGCCCAAAGCAAAGCAGUGGAUCAAGCAGUUCAGCUUACCACCUCCAGAGGGCACUACCAGGAGGAAUUAUGCUGAUGGAACUGGCCUUCCAGGGGUUUUACUUCUGUGUGAAGCAGUAUGCAUUAGAGUGCUCACGGAUUCCCAUGGGCCAAACAGUUAAUUCCCAGGACCCUCUCCUCUUGCGGCCUCGCAGUAAGCCGUAUCCCCCUGAGGCCUCCUCAGACUCCGCGCUCUCGAUGCUGUUCACGGAAGAGUGUGAUAAAGUGCGGGACUUGAUGCACGUGCACUCCUUCAGCUAUGACUUUCACCUGCGUGUCGUGCACCAGUACCUGUUGGGCUGUCAUAUGACCCUGCGGCAGGGCUACCAGCUCACCAGCUUCCUGGAGGACUUCAUUUCCCAUCAUCCUGACAUCCCUAAGUUUGGCCGUAACCACGUCUUCCAAGGGAGUUUCUCUAUUUCAACUGGAAUGAUAACUGCUCACCAGCUGUAUAAUUACAUCACUGAUCAUGCUGGUACAUACGGCAUGAAGCCUCUCCGCAUGUCGAAGGCUGCAGUGACCACUGACACCAAGAAGGGGGCGCCCAGCACAGACCUGCAUGAGUAUGCAUUAGUGGCACUGUGGAACAGCUCUGGCACAUAUAAGGACCUGGAGGGACUGCGUCACCAUGAUGACUUUGACGUGUCUCUGCUGGUGUGUCACAAUGCAGCUCCGUUUGAGGAGCAGUCUGAGGGGGAGAGACACCUGCUGAGGUUACAUUACUACGUGAUUAUGACCAGCCAAAGAGAGCUGUUCCCCCGGCUGACAGCAGACAUGCGGCGCUUCAAGAAGCUCCCUCAGAUUUACCGCGACCCCUCUGAACACUCUCGUGAUCUCAGUGGGCGUGUCCCUCUUGAGCGGGCAGAGCAAGGCAGCACUGGAGGCCAGGAGCCUGAAACUGAUCUAUGGGAGGAAACGACCAAUUCAACACCGACACCCAUGACUAGCCCAGAGCCUGAAGCUGUGGAGGCCAACCUACUUGGAGCUCAGGCUGGACUAGCAGAAGGCUUGGACUCCUCAGGCCUUUUUUACUCAUCCCCUCUCUUCCCCCUACUGAACUCUGAGGUAAAUUCAGCACGCAGACAGAUUCAGAGCAGUGUGGAGCAGGCCAUGGGCCACUGUCGUCGGGACAAUCUAUGGAGGCGGCUCUUCCAUGGUGAGCAUCUCGCCCUGGACAAGCUCAAACUUAGCAAGCUGACCUUUGCUGAACUGGAGGAGCUGCUGAAUGCUGUGCAGAGCCGAUCUGUUGGAGAGAUUGACCCUCAGCUGGAUUGUUUCCUGACCAUGAGUCCUGCUUGGUAUCAGAGUCUGAUCAAAGUGCUGCUCUCACGCUUCCCUCAAAGCUGCAGGCACUUUGUGGACGACAGCGGCAUUCAGUACCUGGCUGUCCUUAACCAGAAGUUCACGGACUGCUUUGUGCUGGUCUUCCUGGAUGCCCAGGCAGGGAAAACGAGCCUCAAGGUUGUUUUCAGGGAGCCGUUGCCAUCACAACCGCAGCCUAGCAACAGCCCUCCACCCCAGCUUGUCUCCAUGUACCAUCACUUGGAGUCUGUGAUCAACACAGCCUGCUACAACCUCUGGACAGGUCUGCUGUAGCACCCCACAGAUGGAGUUGAGAGGGAAAAAAGAAAGACACUAAAUCUUUGAAAAUACCUGAAAUUUAUACAGAAGCCUGUUGUCUCUGUAUGUAUGCGACAAAACACGUGUAUAUAUACUAUAAUAUGAAGGACAAAUCAAAACUGUAAACUGGAAAUAUCUGGGAUAAAACCCAGUAGCAAUACUUUUUAUGGUACAAACUAUAAAGCCCAACACGCGUGAACUACGUGACAACAAUAUUGGCAUUUGACUUAAAAUGUUCCAUACAACGAAUUAAAAGGCCAAAUAAACCAGUCUGCAUAGAGAACGUUCUGUAGACUCUCAACCUUUACACAGAAGUACAGCACACCAAACAUAAUGCUUGGCUUUGCUAGUGUUUGCUUUAAAAAGUUGGGUCAGUGUAUCAUGGGUUUAAGUGAAGUGACCUGUUUGACCUCCAAAUGGAUCCAGUGUGGCCGGACUGAGAGGAAAACUACCUCACAGAAAAGCAAACUGAAUGAUGCUUAUGUGUAAAGUGCUUAUUGCCUUGGCCUAAGCAUUUUACCACUUAUAAAAAUUGGCCCCUUUAUAAGGCUGUAUUAUACAUGUCUGAGAGGACCUCUUGUCAGCAGUACAGGCCAAUGACACCUUACUGGUUUGCCAAAGCCAUACUCUGUUCAGCUUACAUUUGUGUUCUUUAGGCUGUUUGUUUCCCAUUCAGUUGAAUGAAAACCGCUAGGGCCGCACAAUAUGGACGAAAUGCAUUAUUGCAAUUUUAUUGCUAUUACAAAGUUGUGAUGUAUUAGAAUUAGACACAUUAGUGAAUCCUUUAUGAUCGGCUUGCAUUAUUUUGACAGAGUAUAUUAUGUUCACCUAAAUAAAACGUUUAGUGCUUGGUUGGCGGGCUCAUUUGCCUAUUGUAGCCCUUCAUGUUAUUAUUGCAAAGGCCAGUAUCGCAAUACCAAUUAACAAUUGAUAUAUUGUGCAGCCCUAAUGCCGAAUUCAAUUAAGUUAAGCCUGCACCACUGAAAUAAGUGCAAGAGUGACUUCUGAUCAGGACUGUGUGACAGAGCGAGGGAGAGUCAGAGACUGUGACUCCACAUUGCCAUUUAUUCAAUGAAUCAUUCAGGUCUGCUAUAUUCAGCGCACACGUUGGGAAGAAAAAAUUACUCAGCCUCUCAGUGAGUGCGGUGGUGAGUUAGGCUUUAAGGAUAUGACUACUGUACAUUACUGUAGGCAUCCAUGAUCCCGGUUAUUAGCAUUGCUGGCUAAUUGCUUUCUCUUCCACCCUAUUGGUAUUUUACAGUUUCCCCUACUGCCAUGCCAUCCUCACCCCAAAAGUGCCUACAUUUCUUUACUUUGCCUUAUUUCCUAAAGAUGCGGACAGAUUAAUUAGUGUUGUAUCAAUAGAGGAGAAUCAAGAAAAAAAAACUUGCAAUUUAAUCAUCAUUAUGUAAUUGGGGAAAAGACAAAUAUAUGAGCAGCAGAAAAAUGUCUACUACUGGCGCGCACUUCACAGGAGCACUGAGACGUCUCUAUCACCUUGGGACUCACAGGCAGCCCAUUACUGAAGGAAACCAAAUAUUAUUGGUUGAUUUUGAACUUUUCUUUAAAACUGUACUGCUGAAUGAGACAAUGUGCUUUUGUUUUUGUUUGAAAAGAAGGACACUGGACACACAUGCUACACAUGAAGGUAAUCAUUUGCAACUGAUGUGUGUAUUUAGGCAAUAGUAUAAUUAGAGUGGUUUAAAUGUCUGAGACUUGUACAUUAUGUAUAUACUGAACUGUUUGUAAGUAUAAAAUGUAACAAUAAACCAUAAUGGUUAAUAACCAA